UCCGCCUUCACCGCAACUCUCUGUCUCGCUCUCUCUCUCUCUCUCUCUCUCUGCAAUGGCGAAGAUCGUGCAAUCCCUAAAGCGCUACUUGAAGAAGCCGUGGGACAUCACCGGCCCGUGCGCCUCGCCGGAGUACAGGCCGUCCAUCCCGAAGGCGACGGAGUACCGCGUCCCGAGCCCCGCGACGUUCCCGAUCCAGGCGUGCGUGCCGACCUCGGACCCGGAGACGGUCUACGACAUCAAGUACUUCGUCCGGGACCAGCGCCGCAACCGGCCUCCGAUCCGGAAGACGGUGCUGAAGAAGCCGGACGUGGAGAAGAUGAUGAAGGAGAGGACGAGCUUCUCCCCCGAGGAGUUCCCCCCGGUUUACCUGACCGCUAAGGUCGAGGAGGAUAUGGACACGAUCGGCGGCGGUUACCAGCGAUAGGUA